CAUCCAUCUCUAUAAAUCCCUCCAGCAAUCUUGUGGUUUAUCACCCACACAUCUAUCCAUAAUCUCUCUGUUUUAACAUUUCACCAUCGAUCAAAAAAAAUGGACGUUCGCCCGCACCCGGUCAAGAACCAACCGCGCCACCGAUCGGCAAAACCCGCCACUUCCGGCGAACUUCUAAAACCACACAACCAACCAAAAGCCUCAGACGCACUCCCACUCCCACUUUACUUCACCAGCGGCCUCUUCUUCACCAUGUUCUUCUCCGUCAUGUACUUCCUCCUCCAGCGGUGGCGCGACAAGAUCCGAAACUCCGUCCCACUCCACGUCGUCACCUUAUCGGAGCUUGCGGCAAUCCUCUCCCUCAUCGCCUCCGUUAUUUACCUCGUCGGGUUCUUCGGUAUCGACUUCGUCCAAUCCAUCAUCCGCCCUUCCCCCGAUUCCUGGGAAAUCGAAGACGAAGAUAAGUCUGCCCCAUGCGGGCAGACACUAAUUAUGCCGACAGUGGUUUCAGAAAAUAAGAAACCACCGACAGAACAUAAUUACGAUGAGAUUUUAAAAAAUAUGGGCCCAGGUUCCAUUUCUAACCUCAGCAAACAAAAAAAUAAAAACCCACCGACAUCGUCCGACCAUAUGUUGGACGAUGACGACGAGAUAGUAAAAAUGGUCGUCCAGGGUACAUUCCCGUCGUACGCAUUGGAAACAAAGCUCAGUGACUGCAACCGUUCUGCGGCCAUACGCCGCGAGGCGGUUCAACGGAUAACCGGGAAGUCGUUAUCCGGUUUGCCACUUGACGGGUUCGAUUACGAGUCGAUAUUGGGGAAGUGUUGUGAGAUGCCGGUGGGGUAUGUGCAGAUUCCGGUGGGGAUUGCGGGGCCGUUGUUGUUGAAUGGGGAUGAGUUUUUUGUGCCGAUGGCUACGACUGAAGGGUGUCUAGUGGCAAGUACGAAUAGAGGGUGUAAGGCUGUAUAUGUUUCGGGUGGGGCGACUUGCGUGGUGGUGAAAGAUGGGAUGACUAGAGCGCCGGUGGUUAGGUUCGGCAGUGCAAAGAGAGCGGCGGAGUUGAAGAUGUUCUUGGAAGAUCCGUUGAAUUUUGAGACACUUGCCGUUGUGUUUAACAAAUCAAGUAGAUUUGGAAGGCUACAGAGCGUUCGAUGUGCGAUUGCGGGCAAGAAUCUAUAUGUAAGGUUUUGUUGUGCAACCGGGGACGCAAUGGGGAUGAACAUGGUCUCGAAAGGUGUCCAAAAUGUCCUUGAUUUCCUUCAAACCGAUUUCCCGGAUAUGGAUGUUAUGGGUAUUUCUGGAAAUUAUUGCUCGGACAAGAAACCUGCUGCGGUAAACUGGAUAGAAGGGCGUGGGAAGUCUGUUGUAUGUGAGGCGGUGAUCAAAGAAGAGGUGGCGCAAAAAGUUUUGAAAACAACGGUCUCCGCCUUGGUGGAGCUUAACAUGCUCAAGAAUCUUACGGGGUCCGCCAUGGCUGGUGCACUUGGAGGGUUUAAUGCACAUGCUAGCAACAUAGUCUCCGCUGUGUACCUAGCCACUGGACAAGACCCUGCUCAGAAUGUUGAGAGCUCACAUUGCAUCACCAUGAUGGAAGCCGUAAAUGAAGGCAGAGACCUUCAUAUAUCGGUCACCAUGCCAUCCAUUGAGGUUGGAACAGUUGGAGGGGGCACACAGCUUGCAUCACAGUCAGCAUGUCUAAACAUAUUAGGUGUCAAAGGUGCAAGCAAAGAUGAACCAGGGUCAAACUCACGGGUGUUGGCCACAGUAGUAGCUGGUUCAGUCCUUGCAGGUGAGCUCUCUCUCAUGUCAGCAAUUUCAGCUGGUCAACUGGUCAAGAGUCACAUGAAAUACAACAGAUCUACGAAAGAUAUGUCCAAGUUAACAUCCUCUUAAUUAAGGUUUCAUACAUCUCCUAGAGGUAUUAUGAUUUAUUAUUAAAGAUAGGGUAGACGCGAUGCAAGAACACGCACAUACCUUACCUAAAUCUGGUUCGCGGUAUAUUUAGGAACAUUUAUGUAUGUUUGGAAUAAA